AGAUAGCGGACGCCGGCGGCCACCUCGCCCCUUCGGGUCGGGGGCGGGCGGGCGGGGGAAAUGCCGGAGGACGGCAACGCCGGCGUGGGCCUCAUCUACCCGCCGCCGGAUGUGCGGGGAGUGAUCGACAAGACCGCGCAAUUCGUCGCCAAGUGCGGGCCAGAGUUCGAGCAGCGCGUGCUGCGGGAGCAGAACCAUGCCAAGUUCAGCUUCCUGCUGCCGAACAACCCGUACCGGCAGUAUUACGAGCACAAGGUGAAGGAAUUCAAGACAGGCGUAGUGGAGGAGGCGAAGCCAGAUGUGCCGAAAGCGAUCAUCGAGCAGAAAGCCAAGGAUGAGGCCAAGAAGCAGAAGAAGGAACAGAAAAUGCUGACACUUGGCGGCGAGAAGAAGAAGAAGGUUGCCAAGCCGCCGCCGCCAGACCAGUACGUCGUCAGCCACCCUUACAUUGCCCCGAUGGAUAUGGACAUCAUCAAGCUCACCGCACAGUUUGUGGCUCGGAACGGCCAGAAGUUCCUUAUAGGCCUGACGCAGCGUGAGAGCCGCAACCCGCAGUUCGAUUUCCUUAAGCCGACGCAUGCUCUUUUCGGCUACUUUACGUCCCUUGUGGACGCUUACACAAAGUGCUUGAUGCCCAACAAGGAUGAGAUCGACAAGUUGACCAAAUUCGCAGAGAGUCCGCAGGAUAUCCUAGAUAAAGCCAUGUCGCGGUUCGCGUGGGACGAGCAGGAGGAGGAGAAGCGAGCUCACAGGGAGGAGGAGGAGAAAGAGGAGAAAGAUCAGAUGGCUCAGAUCGACUGGCACGACUUUGUUGUUGUGGAAACGAUCGAAUUCACAGCGGAAGACAACAACAUCCCGCUGGCAGCCCCGAUCGAUGUCAAGACUGGUGCCCCGCAGGGACCUCCUGUUGCACUGGACGCGUCUGGCAAGGGUAGCAUUUCGCAAGCGGCGAAGAUCGAGAAGCCCAAGGAAGUAGACGAGGAGGAGAAGGACGAGCCUGUGGUUGAUCGCGAGAAAGAGGAGAAGGCAAAGGAGCUGGAGAAAAGAGCGCUGGAGGAGAAGGAGAAGGAGGAGAGGGAGAAGGAGGAGGAGGAGAGAAAACAGAGGGAACAGGAGGAACGAGAGCGAGAGGAAAGGGAGCGCCAGGAGGCUGAGCGUGCAGAGGAGGAGGCGGCAGAGCUCGAACCAGAGAUCCCACUGCCGGCGGCGGAACCAGAGAUGAAAGUCAGAAAGGACUACGUGCGCCACAAGAAGGCGUCCGCCCAGCGCCUGACCCAGCGCUGCCCCAUCACUGGCCAGCUCAUCCCCGCGGAGGAGAUGUCCAAUCACCUGAAGGAUGCCAUGCUCGUGGACCUUGUCCGCUUCGCCUCCAACGCCGGGCUGCAAGUGUCCUGGGCUUCUUUCGACGGCGCCGACCUCGGCACCAGAGUGGCCUCCCAGCCUGUCCGCCUCGACGAAGCGUGGGCCGCCGUCCCCAAGACCGCUAGACAGACACCACGUGCGGACGCUUUCGACGAGGUCUCUGGCAACCUCGUCAAGGCCCUCACCUUCACCUUUCGGGUAGGCGUCGACGACCGCCGGAACCGCACGGCCCGCCGCGGAGACGAUAGGUGCGGCGUUCCAGCCCCGGCACGAUGGAGAUCGCGGCGGCGCGGCGACGGCGGCAGCGGGCGGCUGCCUCCGCCCGCGCUGCGCUCCGGGUGCCGCGGGCGCCGCUGGCGCCGCGGGCGCCCCUGGCCCUGCUGCGUCGAGGGUGCUGCCGGGGCUGCUGGCACCGCGUGCGCCGCUGGUGCUGCUGGCACUGCUGGCGCUGCUGGCGCCGCGGGCGCCGCGGGCGCCGCGGGCGCCGCGGGCGCUGCCGACGCUGCCGGCGCCGCGGGCGCCGCGGGCGCCGUAGGCGCUGCUGGCGCCGCGUGCGCUGUUGGCGCUGCGGGCGCCGCGGGCGCCUCGUGCGCUGCGUGCGCCGCGGGCGCCCCAGGCCUCGUUGGCGCCGCGGGUUCUGCCUGGGCUGCAGCGCGCGCCGCCGGCGCCGCUGGCGCUGCCAGGGUUGUCGGCGCCGCGGGCGCCGCGGGCGCCUCGUGCGCUGCGGGCGCCGCGGGCGCCGCUGGCGCCGCAGGCGUCGUGGGCACCGUGGGCGCUGCGGGCGCCGCGGGUGCCGCUUGCGUUGCUGGCGCCGAGUUCGCCGCUGGCGCUUUCUGCGCUGCGGGCGCCGCUGUCGCCGUGGGCACCGCGGGCGCGGCUGGCGCCCUUUCGGCCGCCGCGGACGCCGCUGCGGCGGCGGCCGCUGCCGAGCUUUGGGCGGCGACGGCCGCCUGCCUUCGCCCAGGCGGCGGCAGCCGCGGCCCGCGCGGCGGCCCGGCCGAGCGCGCGGCCGGGCCUGGUGCGUGUGUCUCAGCAUCUGGACGGACUCCAGCAGGACGAACGUGACCGUGGACUCCACCAGCAGGAUCGCGCGCAGCAUGACGGACCCCAGCAGCACCACCAUGAACAGCACGAUCGACUUCAGCAGCGCGACCGUGAGUAGCGCGACGAUUUUUUCGCGUUGUAUCGGUCCUGGGUCCAUCGCAGAUCGAUCCGGAUCGAAAAAUACCGCUGGAAUCUGGGGUCUACCAGCAACACCACCCCGACCAAUGCGUGCGAGAAGGACUGGCAGGGGCAGCGGCAACCUGCCUUUGCGCUGCUCCGUGAUACGUUGUGAGCGAUGCUGGGGCCCACCUUCAGCCGCUCCGGCGCCCCGGCCAAUACGUGCGACAAGUUGCAGGGGUAGUGGCAACUGGUCCAGGCGCUGUUCAACGAGAUGGUGGGGGUGAAAUUGGAGCCCGCCAUAAUCUGCUGCAGCGCCCCGAUCAGUGCGCGCGAGAAAGUUUGGCAUGGACGCAAGCAACCGAUUCUGGCGCUACUCCGAGAGACGCUGGGAGUGACGUUGAAGCCCGCCAUCCACGUCUACUCCAGCACCCCGAGCAGCGCGCGUGAGCAGGACGGGCCGGGGCAGUGUCAGUCAAUCCUGGCGCUGGUCAGCGAGAUGCUGGCAGUGAAGCUGGAGCCCGCCAUCGUCAUCUGCACGGAGCCCCGAUCAGCACAUGAGAGAAAAACUGGCAGGAGCAGCGGCGGCCGAUCCUGGCCGUACUCCGGGAGAUGUGGCGAGUGAAGCCAGAGCUCGCCAUCAUGUUUGCCUGCUGCGUCACCCCUUAGCACACUUGCGGGACCACUUGCGGGACGAAAGCACGCAUCGAGUUGCUGUCUGUUUGUGAAGCUGGGGCCCACCAUCAUCCGCUACAGUACCCUGAUCAGCGCGUGCGGGAAGGACGGGCGCGGGCAGUAACAGCCGGCCGCGGUGCCGCUCAACCACCCGCUGGGGGUGAAGCUGGGGUCCGUCAUCGUCAACUGCUACAGCGCCCCGAUCAGCAUACCGACUCCCGAAAAAAUCCGACGGAUGUUUGAAGUUUCCCAAUCGGUUUCCGGAGGAAUCUCUUUGAUUUCCGGAAAGAUCCAAUGGAUUACCGUUGGAUUCGUAUGGGUGUGCCAGGGAUUCCUAGAGAUGUCAU